CCUGGUUCCUGCUUGGUAGUGAAGUGAAAGUGGAGCCAGUCGCGUGUGCUGUUCAACUAAAACGCCUCCUGGGAACUGCGUGGAGCGCUUGGGAAAGCAAGGAAACCGCGGCAUGAAUGCAGUGACCUUUGAUGAUGUGCAUAUUGAUUUCACUUGGGAAGAAUGGACUUUACUGCAUCCUUUCCAGAAGAAUCUCUAUGAAGAUGUUAUGCUGGAGACCUACAGGAACCUCACUAUUAUAGGAUACAGUUGGGAAGACCAUAAUACUGAAAAGCAUUCUCCAUGGUCUAGAAGAUAUGAAAGGCAUGAAAAAAGUCAAAUUGGAGGGAUAUCUUAUGUAUACCCUCAAAGUAUUAAAGCCGUUGCAUGCGACAGUCAUCUUCAAAGUCAGAAAAGAACACAUACUGGAGAGAAAUCCUUUGAAUGUAAUCAGUGUGGUAAAACCUUUGCACGUCACAGUCAUCUUCAAAUGCAUAAAAGAACACAUACUGGAGAAAAACCUUAUGAAUGUACUCAGUGUGGUAAAGCCUUUUCAGGUAUCAGUACUCUUCAUAGACAUAUAAGAACCCAUACUGGAGAGAAACCCUACGAAUGCAAUCAGUGUGGUAAAGCCUUUUCCCGUAACAGUAAUCUUGAAAUACAUAAAAGAAUACAUACUGGAGAGAAACCCUAUGAAUGUACUCAGUGUAGUAAAGUCUUUGUAUGUUACAAUAGUCUUCGAAUACAUGAAAGAAUGCAUACUGGAGAGAAACCCUAUGAAUGUACUCAGUGUGGUAAAACCUUUGCAAGGCACAGUCAUCUUCAAAUGCAUAAAAGAACCCACACUGGAGAAAAACCUUAUGAAUGUACUCAUUGUGGUAAAGCCUUUGCAUAUAUCAGUACUUUUCAUACCCAUAUAAGAACCCAUACUGGAGAGAAACCCUACGAAUGCAAUCAGUGUGGUAAAGCGUUUGCCAGUCACCGAAAUCUUGAAAUACAUAAAAGAAUACAUACUGGAGAGAAACCCUAUGAAUGUAAUCAGUGUGGUAAAGCCUUUGUAUGUUACAAUAGUCUCCAAAUACAUGAAAGAACACAUACUGGAGAGAAACCCUAUGAAUGUGAUCAGUGUGGUAAAGCCUUUGCAUGUCACAGUCAUCUUCAAAUUCAUAAAAGAACACAUACUGGAGAAAAACCUUAUGAAUGUACUCAGUGUGGCAAAGCCUUUUCAGGUAUCAGUACUCUCCGUAGACAUAUAAGAACACAUACUGGAGAGAAACCCUAUGAAUGUAAUCAGUGUGGUAAAGCCUUUGCUCGUCACAGUAAUCUUGAAAUACAUAAAAGAACGCAUACUGGAGAGAAACCCUAUGAAUGUAAUCAGUGUAGUAAAGCCUUUGUAUAUUAUAGUAGUCUCCGAAUACAUAAAAGAAUGCAUACUGGAGAGAAACCCUAUGAAUGUAAUCAGUGUGGUAAAGCCUUUACAUGUCACAGUCAUCUUCAAAUGCAUAAAAGAACACAUACUGGAGAGAAACCCUAUGAAUGUAAUCAGUGUGGUAAAUUCUUUGCAAGUCAGAGUCAUCUUCAGAUUCAUAAAAUAACACAUACUGGAGAGAAACCCUAUAAAUGUACUCAGUGUGAUAAAGCCUUUACAUAUCGCAGUGUUCUUCAAAGGCAUAAAAAAACACAUACUGGAGAGAAACCCUAUCAAUGUAUUCAGUGUUAUAAAGUCUUUGCGUGUAUUGGUACUCUACAAAGGCAUAUAAGAACACAUCCUGGAUAGAAACUCUAUGAAUGUAAUCAGUGUAAGCCUUUACAAGUCAGGAUUAUCUUCUCACUCAUAAAAGAACACAAACUGUAGAAAAACCCUAUAAAUGCACUCAGUGCAGUAAAUCCUUUGUAUAUAACAGCAGUCACUGAAUACAUAAAAAAAAAAAAAACCCAUACUGGAGAGAGAUCCUGUGUGUGUAAUCAGUGUGGUAAAACCUUUGCAUGUAAUAAUCAUCUCAGAUGCAUAAAUGAACACAUACAGGAGAGAAACCGUAUAAAUGUAAUCAGUAUGGUAAAGUCUUUGCAUGUCACAUUGAUAUUCAAAGGCACAAAACACAUACUUGAGAAAAAUCCUUUAAAUGUAAUUAUUGUGGUAAAGUCUUUUGUAAGUCACAGUCAUCUUCAAAACCAAAAGAACGUAUAAUGGAGAGAAACCCUAUGAAUGAAAUCAAUGUAGUAAAGCCUUUGCAUAUCUCAGUUGUCUUCAAAGGCAUAAAAGAACACAUACUGGAGAGAAACCCUAUAAAUGUAAUCAAUGUAAUAAAGCCUUUGGAUAUUGCAGCAUUCUUCAAAGGCAUAGAAUAACACUUGAGAAAAGCACUAUGAAUGUAUUCAGUGUUGUAAUGCCUUUUCAUGUCACUUCAUUUUCAAAUGCAUAAAAGAAGACAUACUAGAGAGAAACCCCAUAAAUAUAAUCAGAUGGUAAAGCCUUGAUGUCAUGGUCACCUUCUGAUGCACAAAAGAGCACAUACUUGACAGAAACCCUAUGAAUGUACUCAGUGUGGUAAAGUCUUGGCAUGCCACAACCAUCUCCUUAUACACACUGGAGAGAAAACCUAUAACUAAUCAGUGUGGUAAAGGUUUGCAUGUAGUAGUUUAUAUCAUCAAAUGUAUAAAAGUACUCUUACUGGAGAGAAACCCUGUGUAUGUAAUCAAUGAUGUAAAGCUUUUGCAUGCCCCAGUCAUCUUGAAAUACAUAACAGACCACAUACCUUAGAGAAACACAUGAAUGUAAUCAGUGUGGUAAAUCAUUUACAUAUCUCAAUGGUCUUCGAAGGCAUGAAAGAACACAUAAUGGAGAGAAAUUCUAUGAAUAUAUUUAGUGUGUUACAGCCUUUUAUGUCACAAUAGCUUUGAAUACAUUAAAGAACCUGUAUUGGCCAGAAACCCAAUGAAUGUACUUACUGUGGUCAAACCUUUGCCUGUCAAAAAGUCUAUAAAAUAAUAAAUAAUAAAUAAAUUAAAUAAAAACAUAAAUUAUGUGGAGAACACACAAUCUGAGCAUUAGCAUGUAUUCACACACUGAGAAUGCCUUAAUAUUCUAUUCAUACUCUGUCUUGAUGUAAUUCAUUAUCAACUCACAGGACAAACUGGAGGACACAUACUCUGUGGAUUACCAUGUUUUCAUUUCACUCACUGAGAAUUUAAUAGUUUACUCAUAUCCUGUUUUGAUGUAAUUCUAUAUCAAAUUACAAUAGACACAUGAACUGCUUGUGAAGGCCCAAAAUUAGAGCCUGUUUUUAUCCUUACAGAUAUUCAGGAUAUCUAAAUGUACUUUUUCUUUCUUUUUUUGUAAUAUGAGGUUACCUGCCAAGUGGUUGCCUUUGGAUACUUGGUCUAGAGUGGCUUUAGUACCUAAGCAGCAUAAUGCUAAUGACUUGAUAUCUCAAAGUGUUAAAGCAAUUGACUUUUCAAGUUGUCUUUUGUAUCAUGUUGAAGUCUUUUUUUUUAUGUUCUCCUUGCUUUUGUAUUAGUGUAUAGCAGUAUAUGGAAAAUUAAACGUGGACAAUUUCAAUAUUCAUUGGAAUGCUCUCCCAGUAUUGUUUAUGGCUUCUCUUUCAUUAAUUUUUAAUCUUCAUAUUUUUUACUAAUAUAUGUAAAUCUCCAUGCCUAUACCCUGGUAAGAGGUGUUUUUGUUUAGGCCAGUUCCUGAUAUAUGGUUCCCAAUGUGGGACAGUCACUGACAUAUUAGUGCCACAAUGUGGGGCUAACCAGUGAACCCUGAAAUGAACAUAAGUGUGGCCAGGUGUACAUAAUAGUAUUUGAGAGAACCCACAAGAAUACUUUGUACCAGAUCCACUGCCACUGAUCUCCCAAGUGGAUGCAUGGGAGCUUUCUCUUGCUUCUGCUGAUACCAAGCUAAUAAACACUCAGUUUCCUCACUAUUCUGUCAAGUUUUCCUCAUGUUUUCUCCCAGAAAUACAAAGAGAAAAGAUGGAGUCUGGGUUGUCUUCACACCACAUGUGACAGACACCUGGCAUUAAAAAUAGAAAACAAAUACUUACAAAUCACUAACAUUCCUAACCUACUCAUUAUUUUACAAGCUCAACAGCACUCACCAUAGCUAAGCAAAUGCCCACAGAUAUCAUUCCUUACCUGGGAGCCAGCACAACAGCAACCUCAUGAUUGGGAAUACACAUGACCAUGCUGUGUCCUGAUGACAAAUGACUCCUUUAAGGGUAUGGUCUGUCAAUGGAGAAGACCUCAAGACAGGACAUGGAAAUCUGUGGGAGCUGGGCACAGUUACUGAACUGACACAUUUCUCUAAGGACUCACUAGGGGUCAGGGUCCCAAGGUGCCUCCUGCCUGACAGGAGGUUGUGAGUACUUUUCUACAAAGAAUAUGCAAGUUUCUUGGGGCCAAAAGGAAAGAGCAUUGGUAUGUGGCAAUUAUGUGUUCCUUGACAUUACCUAGGAAUAUGUGUGUUGCACAAUCUUAGAAGUAUAAACAGGUUAUGGGCACAUUUUCUUCAUCCAGUUCAGUACUACUCAUCACUGAUACCUUUUUGCAAACUGUGUGUAUAAAUAUGGCUGUUGAGGCCAUUAGUGGGCUCAUAUAUGUAUACUUUAUUGCUCACUACUUCACACUGGAGAAUAUUAUGGGGUUCAUCUCUAGAGAAAACUACUUUUCUCACUCUGGGCAGUUAAAAAUUACUGAUAGCUCUUUACCUAGUGACAGGGUUCUACAAGAGCUCCACCAUCCCAAUUGGUAUAUCUAUUUUAUUUUUGUCAUCAUUCAGGUCUUCUUAAGAAGCCAUAUUGUUGAAUUUUUAUGAUCGUAGUUCUUUCGUUUUUAUAAGACACACUCUCAGAGAAGACAUCCUGGUUUCAUUGCUCUUCCAGUAUUUCCACACACUCUUCUGAAUUGUUCUCUGAGCCUGAGGUGUGAAGCUGGUGUUAUAGGUAUAAAGGGUUUAACUUUUUUCUUCUAUCAAUUAAUAUUUUAAUUGUUACACCAAUAUAUAGUUGAUCCAUUUUGAGAUAAUUUUUAUAUCAAGUGAGAGAUCAAGAUUAGUUGCCUUAUUGUUUGUU